AUGCCAAUUCCACUGACACCCCUGCCUCCGGUCACAGAAGAGAUCAACGCGAACACCGACAUCGCUGAUAUAGGUCGAGGCAAGUCUACAUUAGCUCAAGAUAGAGCCGUGGUCACAAUGUUCCUGAUCUUUUGUUCUGAAUCCGAUGGCUUCAAAGCGAUUACUGAUCUGAGCGAUUUGUCUGACCAAGACGACAAGACGCUGAAGAUAAUAUUCGGGACGUUUGCAACACAUAAGCUGCUGAAAUUCAAGAAAUCUGGUUCUCCUUUGCUGCAAACGGCAAUGAACUACCUCAGCUGUUUAAAGGGUGAAAGUGCGUCAAAACACGACUACAAAAUACGUGGCAUAUGCCCAGAAAGAAGGUAUUACGUUACAAAACACAGCGGACGAUAUCACUGA